UACAAAAUAAUUUUUUGAUUUUCUCCAAACGACAGUACCAUUUUGCCCUUUUUCUCUUACGCGCUCUCUUCCUCCUUAUUUCUUCUCUCUCACUCGCACAACAGAAAACCAGAGAGGCACCACGACCAAAAAAGGAACAAAAAAAAAAAAACCCCAUCACCAUAGCUUCAGAGCAAGAAGAAGCAGGAGCAAAAGAAGAAGAACAAUAAGAACAAAUCUGAAGCAAUGUCGUCAAAGCGAAGAAACCCGCCAUUGUUGCUUCUUCUAUUCCUCUCCGUUUCCAUUUCCGUUCUUUUCGUCUCCUCCUCCGCAGCUCCCGGAGCUGAAACUGCGACGUUUCAUUUCCGAGCUCCUCGAUUUCCUGAUUUUUCGAGAGCUGGACAUGGCUUAGUGGCGCCAUUCGGCAUAAGACGCCAUCUCGCCGACGGCAACUCGACGGAAGCCGGUGAUGGGAAUCCGACGACUCUGGUGUUGGCCGGAGAGAGGACUCGACGGAAAGACCCUUCGGAUAACUUGAAAAUCUACACUGGUGGAUUCAACAUCAGCAAUCAACACUACUGGACUUCUGUGAGUGCAACAGCAGCACCAUUCUUUCUCGUAGCUGGAGUUUGGUUUGCAGUCUUUGGGAUAGUUCUAGCCUUUACCUGUCUAUGCUAUUGCUGUUGCCCUAGAGAGCCUUAUGGCUACUCUCGAACUUGCUACGCCAUCUCCCUUAUCUUCCUCAUCCUUUUCACCAUUGCAGCAAUUGCUGGAUGUGUUGUUCUUUAUACUGGACAAGGGAAGUUCAUCGGCAUAACAUCAGACACAUUGGACUAUGUUGUGAGCCAGGCAGAUGUUACAGCCGAAAGCCUCAAGAAUGUGUCAGGGUAUCUCGCUGCAGCCAAGUCAGUUGACGUGGACUCGAUUUUCUUGCCUGCUGACAUGCGGAGCAAACUCGAUAACCUUGUGGCGAAGGCCAAUUCGUCUGGGAACACAUUGUCCAGCCGUACUCAGGAUAACAGGAGGAAGAUUAAUGAUGGGCUGAAUGGCGUGAGAUUGGCUCUUGUGAUCUUAGCAGCUGUUAUGCUUGGUUUGGCAUUCCUUGGCUUUUUAUUCUCCAUUCUUGGGAUGACUUGCCUUGUAUACUUCAGCCUGGUGAUUCUAGGAUGGAUCCUCGUUGCUGGUACAUUUAUCUUGUGUGGCGUCUUUCUUCUUCUCCACAAUGUGGUGGCAGAUACAUGUGUGGCAAUGGACGACUGGGUCCAGCAUCCUACUGCCAAGACGGCCAUGGACGAUUUCAUCCCAUGUGUGGACAAUGCAACUGCACAAGAAACGUUGGUGCAAUCGAAACAGGUCUCUUUCCAGCUCAUCAACUUGGUUGACACCGUCCUCGCCAAUUUCUCCAACCGCAACUUCCCCCCACAACUCGGACCUCCUCUCAACUACAAUCAAUCUGGUCCGUUGGUUCCUCUUCUCUGCAACCCCUUCAACUCCGAUCUCACCGUCAAGGACUGCGCUCCCGGGGAAGUCGUCUUCCACAAUGCUACUGAGGCAUGGAAAGCCUACGUGUGCCAAGUUUCAAGCUCUGGCAUAUGCACAACCCCCGGCCGGCUGACUCCAUCGUUGUACUCCCAAAUGUCGUCCGCCGUGAACGUGAGCUACGGGCUCUACCGCUAUGGACCGUUCCUCGUGGAGCUAGAGGACUGCACGUUCGUGAGGAGGACAUUCACGGACAUCAACGCUUCCUACUGCCCCGAUCUCCGACGGUACACUCAGUGGAUCUACGUCGGGCUGGUGAUCGUCUCGGCCGCUGUGAUGCUGUCGCUGAUCUUCUGGGUGAUCUACGCCAGAGAGCGCCGGCACCGUGUGUACACCAAGCAGUUCAUGACUGGCGGUGGAGGAGAUCACAACAAGGGUCCGGGGAAUAUAUGAGUGGUUUUGGAGGGAGAUUUGAUUGAUUUAUAGCUUUUGUAAAUUUUGGUAGUUGUUUGUUUUAGGAGUGAUAUAUAUGUUAGAUUGGAUGAGAGUGGAUGGAGGUUAGAGAGUGUCUUGCUGUGUAGAGUGGAGGUUGGAGUAAUAAUGCUUGAGAAUGGCCAUUGAAUUGGCUUGUUCGUAUUUGAACUACUCGGAUACAGCGGCACAGAGCUA